ACAUGAUAUUACUCCUUGCCACUGCCCUGACGGCUCAUUAAUAGGUUUAUCCAUAUUAGAUAUAUUUCAAGUCAUAAAACAAUUCCCACAUCUAAUUCUCAUUUAUAGGAAACAAUGGUAAGGCUGAAGACUAACUUAACUGCCCACUGCCCUCCCUUCCAUACCUUAGUGAAACCUUGUAAACGCUCGGACAAUUUCCCAAGAUGACUUCUAAUGCAGCAGCAAGCCCCGGCACCUACAUCAUAAAUGUAAAGAGAGUCCAAGUCAACACAACAGCUUCCCUGUGGGACCAACAAGAGUUUCGAAAACUUGAUACACUCCUUUAAAUACUACAAUUUGCGGAAAGGGACUCAAUUCAAUAAGUUCUCAACAGAUGUUUGCUGGUUGCAUGUGGUCUUCCUGCUGUUGUCAUGGACAUCGGGGACAAUAAUGAAGAUAUUGGUGGAUUUGGGGAGGAAUGGGGAAAACCAAGGCCACUACCUGAUGAUUUACCUAAGUCGCUUGACGAUCGGAAACAUGUAUCUGCAGAGUAUGCACCUGAGACUGAGAUGUAUGAUGCAUGGCAAGGUAUGACAAUUCAAUACAAGGGGAGGAAAAUCUACCAACUAACAUAUUUAGGACAAUCGCAGUUUCUAACAACUCCGGUCCUGGCUAAACCACUUGAAUUCAAAAAUCUCUCACUCGAUCAUGACGAAUUCGGCGACGAUAUUACAAAGCAAAAGAUAGGGGAUAGCGAUAAUAGACUUAUGGAAAUGUUGGCCGCUCAAGCAGCACAUCGAGAUGGUUCGGCUAGUGAGGAUGAAGAUGCUGUGGCGAUGGAUGAGAAGCUUUCACUUGAAGAGAAAAAGGAUAUACUACAGAAGGCUCUAAAUAUGGCAGCUAGUAACGGAGAUGUUGGUCGCAUAGAGAGGAUCCUUCAUGGUAAAGCAAAAGACCUUGUAGAUCUGGAUGCGCCGGAUGAAGAAGGCACGGCGCCGAUAAUAUACGCAAGUUGUUUUGUGAGUCCUGGCUAAAGGCAACAUGUAUCAUGCACUUAUUAAUGAUUGCGCAGGGUCACGAAGCUGUGGUAACGGCACUCCUAGAUGCCGGUGCCGAUGUCGACAAACAAGAUAGAAAUCAAUGGAGCGCCUUGAUGUGGGCAAUGACAAAUCGGCACAAGGGAAUAGCGAAGGCACUUCUAGAUAGAGGAGCGUCCAGGGACGUUAAAUCAUCAACGGGACGAACGGCAUUUGACUUUAUUGCUCCAGAUAGCGAAAUUGCCGAUUAUCUCCAGGAUGGUGGGUAUCAUAUUGGAAAUGCUGGAGUUACCGAUGACUUUUACAAUCCUGGAUUCUCCCAGGAUCGAUUUGAGGAGGAAAUGGCAGAAAAUGAGAUGAGGCGCCGAAUGAUGAUGGAGAGUGCCAGAGAUCUAGAGGUUGACUUGGGUAAUAUGGGUAUCGAUGAUCAACCUGAAUCACCAGAGGAGUUGGAAGAAGAAGGUCAAGAUUUCGACUGGACCCGGUGUUUACAUGAUCAAAUGUUUGUGUUUCAGGAAAGUGAACUUGGUCGAAUUCUGGACAUCAUUAUCACCAAUAUGUCCCCCCAACGAUCACCAUCUCAGAAACCCGUACCAGCGAACAUGAUAUUUCUCAGUGCGAGAUAUGCUCAUUAUCAUGCAAGUCAUGAUCUUCUGGCCAAGCUUCUCAUCAGCGCGAUGGAUAAGAUUAAUGAUGUGGUUGAAACACAUCAAUGGGACAUGACAAUAUUAGCUUUCUGGAUUUCGAAUGCUACAUUGUUAUUACACUAUUUGAAAAAGGAUGCUGGAUUAUCCGAAUCAACAACAGAGUUUCAGCUUCAACUUGCGGAGUUGAUUAAUGAAAUUUUUAUCUUGAUUAUCCGGGAUGCUGAAAGGAGAAUGGACAAAGUUCUUGAUUCGGCAAUGUUAGAACAUGAAACUAUUCCAGGAUUUGAAGAUGUCACAUUUCAAAACGAAUGGAAGCUCUUUAAAAGAAAAACGACUGUUAAAGAAGUUCCCAUUGAAAAACGGUUUCGACCACCUUCGCCAAAGGCUAGAGCUAAACCAUCACCCCGCAAUGUUACGUCAUUAUUAUCCUCUACUCUCUUUGUGUUGGAUCUUUAUGACAUACAUUCUGUCAUUACUUCUCAAAUUUUGGCACAGCUUCUCUACUGGCUUGGUGCCGAACUUUUCAAUCGUAUCAUGUCUAAUCGAAAGUAUCUAGCAAGAACCAAAGCAAUGCAAAUACGUAUGAAUAUUUCUAGCCUUGAAGAAUGGGCACGAACGAACAAUCGACAACCUGAGCAUUAUGAGCAUGGUUCUAUGACUUCUAGUGGAGAAAUGACUAUAGAGGCAACCCGACGACAUCUUGCACCUUUAGUUCAACUAUUACAGUGGUUACAAUGCUUCUCAUCUUUGGGACAAGACGAUUUAGAAGCUUUAGUUGGAACAUUACAGCAACUCACGCGACUUACACCCCAGCAAUUAAUACAUUCGGUAAAACAUUAUCGAGCAGAAGUUGGAGAGAAAGGAUUACCCAAAAGUGCUAUGAAUUAUUUGGUCAACCUACAAGAAGAGCACCGGUUACGAAAAGAGCGUCAAAAGAGAAAUUCACAAGGUUUACGCAUGAGUGCACCAUCAACACCAGCUAGAAAGGGAAGCAAACCAUUACCUGAUACCCCUGAUUCGAAUGGUAGAGGUGGAAAACCGCAAUCCCUCGAUGAUGAACCUUUCGAGGAAGAUGAUGCACCGGAAAAUCUUCUCCUGGAUCCAGCUCUCAUGCUUCCUUUCUCUCUUCCUUCUAGCACAGAUAUGUUGAUAAGUUAUGGAGCUGGGUUCGGUGGGAUGAAUCGAGAGAGGGAAAGAAAAUAUAUUCCUACAGUCCCUCCAGAGUUCUUGGCAAAGCUGGAUCUUAGUGGUGGGAGAGCACACUCGACUUAUCAUGAGCGAGAUUGGGAGAAUGAGGAACUUUGAGUUGAGUGUGAUGCAUGUGGAUGGAUGGAUGGAUGGAUGGAUGUGACGUUGUGGGUUUACUUUUGAGUGUUUGCUGUAAGCCGUAUGAAGUAGUAGUGAGUGAGUGACGGUGAGAGUGAGAGUGAGAGUGAGUGACGGUGAGAGUGAGAGUGAGUGAGCGGAAUUGAAAGUAGAAGUGAGAAGUGAGAAGCAAAAUCAUGCAUUAUUUAUUGGUACCUAGGAAGCAUGGCGUGGCGUGGCGUUUAUAGGCGUUUCUUAAUCCUAAAGAUGGAUGAUGUUGCUGGAUGUUUUUUUUUAUCCCGUAUACAAUAUACAAUAUAAUAAUUCAAUACCUAUAAGUACCUACCGAUAUUUGACAUGUCGUAAAAUUAAAUACUAGGGACUGGGUACUAGGAUGAAGAUGAAGAGGGAUCAUGAUGUGACGUUUAAAAAAAAUCGGACUUGACGGGACGGAAAGCGCAAAAUAAGCUUUUUUCGGGAUGGAUGGGGGGGGUGUGUCA